AUGACACGAAACAUCGCGAUCAGAGAACCUGCAGGCCCCAAGACGCAGCGGGUGGACGCAGAUCUUCUUAUCCCAGGCAGAGGCGAGCCUGUCAAACAUGCUGCAUUGAUUUACGAAGCGAUUGAAAAGGCAAGCGGCAAAGGAAAGAUUUUGUUUGCAGGCAACAAAGAUGAUGUUCCAUCCAAGUAUGCCAACGUCAAGGCGAGCUUGCAUGUUCCCGUUCUGAUGCCGGGAAUGUGGGAUUGCCAUGUUCACCUCAUCGGCCAAAAAGAUCUGAAUCUUGAGCAGAUCGCGCUGAUGUCCUCCUCCACAGCCGGCUUUCGAAUCGCACGCGAUGCAGUAGCGACCCUCAAUGCCGGCUUCACCAGCGUUCGCGAAGUCGGCGGCUACGGCAUAGACAUCAAGAGCUCCAUCGAGGAAGGCUGGAUUCCAGGUCCUCAUAUCUACUCCGCAGGCUCAAUUCUCAGCCAGACCGCCGGUCAUGGAGACUUGCACACCAUGCCCUUGGAGCUGAUGCAUCAUCGCAUGACGGACGGCUUUCCACUCGCUUUGGCGGAUGGCAUCGAUGAGGCGAUAAAGCAGACGAGGAAGCAGAUCAGGCGUGGUGCGAGUGUGAUCAAAGUCUGUGCUACGGGAGGCGUCUUGAGUAGGAUUGAUAGUCCCAAAGCGGCGCAAUUCACGAAUGCGGAGCUGGAAGCUAUCGUCGGGGAAGCCACGCGGACGAAUAUGAUUGUGGCAGCGCAUGCGCACGGAACGGAAGGGAUUCUGGCAGCUUUGCACGCUGGUGUGAAGACGAUCGAGCAUGGGAGUUACCUGACAGAAGAGGCAAUCGAGCUCAUGCUUGAGAAGGAAGCAAUUCUUGUCCCCACUCGCUAUGUCCAACAAUAUGGCAUUGAGCAUGCGGAACAAAUGGCUCCAGAGAGCUAUCAGAAGAUGGCCGAGACGGUGAAUGCGAACAAGGAAUCAUACCGAAAAGCCAUCAAAGCUGGCGUACGCAUAGCUCUUGGUACCGAUCUCGGUAUCUCCAGUCACGGAGCCAAAUUCAACCACGGCACGAAUGGCAAGGAGUUCUACUACGCCGUCGAAGCAGGUCUGACGCCUCUGCAAGCGAUCGAAGCUGGAACUGCGACUGCUCCUGCGACUCUGGGCCCGCAGGCGCCGAAGUCAGGACAGCUUCGCGAAGGUUACGAUGCCGAUUUCAUCGCCCUGGUGAAGAAUCCUUUGGACGAUAUUGAGGUAUUGGCGCGAGCUGAAGAGGUGAAGUUUGUCUGGAAAGGUGGUAGAUUGGUCAAGCGCGAUGGCGAAAAGAUUGGAAUCAUCUAG